AUGGAGAGGAGGGACUCAUCAAGCGGCAUAAUGCCAUCAACGACUGAUAGAGGUGAUGUCGAGUCGUCGCUGGGAGCUGAAUACGAGGUAUUCUUGAAUUUCAGAGGGCCCGACACUUGCUUGAGUUUUGCAAACUGCCUCUAUCACUCCAUGGAUGUAGCUAGGAUUCGCGUGUUGAGAGACAAGGAAGAGAUCAACAAAGGCAAAGUGAUCCGAGACAAACUGGAGCAUGCGAUCAAGAGCUCCACAAUUUGCAUGCCCAUCUUCUCUAGAAACUACGCAUCCAAUCCUGACAAUGUCAAGCUCAAAACCGGGCUGUACCACGAUGCACUGCAAAAGCACGAGGAGAAGUUUGGCUACAAUGUACUGCAGGGAUGGAAGGAGGCUUUGAAGGAGGCCGCUCAAAUCAAAGGAAGGGAUCUUAAAGAUAGAGGCCAAGGCGAAGUCAUUAGAUUAAUCGGUUCUGAAGUUUUGAUCAAGUUGAAUGAGAGAGAGAAAAAUCUACCCAAUUAUGUAGUUGGAAUUCAUGAUCGUGUUGAAGAAGUCGUGCACCUGUUAGAUGAAGGUUCUCCUGAUGUUCGAUAUCUUCUUUCUUUCCAAUGUUCGAGAAGCUUCAGAGGAUGUCAAAGUCGUCCAAUUGCAAAAGCAAUUAUUGUCAGAAAUUCUCAACUUCAGACCAGUGGAGAUUUUUUACUGUGA